AAAGAAAUCAAGCUUUACUUAAUCCAACUAAUGGUAAUGAAUAUUUUUUUGAUAGGAAUAGUCGAGCAUUUCAUUAUAUUUUGGAAUUUUAUCGUACGGGGAAAAUUAUGUUAUUAGAUGAAAUGACUGGAUCAAAUAAUUCUUUCAUGGAAAUAAAUCAUCAAGAAUUAAUUGAAGAAAUAAAAUAUUUUCAAAUUCCUUUACCACAUCAAGAAAUUUCUACUGAUCAAUAUCACGCCAAAUUAUUGGAUAAAUUUGUGGAAGCAUUAAAAGAUGGAAUUU